UGUAAAACUGUAAACCACGUUUGCUUCACGCAUUGUAUUUAUAAUAUAAGUGUACUUAAUUUUUUUUAAAAUCAUGGGUAAACUGGAUGUAGCUAUUUUGCGGUAUCUAACGCCAGAAGAUUUUCGUGUGUUAACCGCGGUGGAAAUGGGUAUGAAAAAUCAUGAAAUGGUGCCGGGAUCUUUAGUUGCAUCUAUUGCUAAUUUGCGCCACGGAGGAGUACACAAGCUUAUGAAAGAUUUAUGUAAACACAGACUUUUGACUUAUGAACGUGGUAAACAUUAUGAUGGGUAUCGACUUACAAAUGCGGGCUAUGACUACUUAGCAUUAAAAGCCCUUACAAACAGAAAGGUGAUUGCAUCAUUUGGUAACCAGAUUGGUGUUGGCAAAGAGUCCAAUAUAUAUACUGUAGCAGAUGAAGAUAGAAAUCCCUUGUGCUUGAAGCUCCAUAGAUUAGGUAGAACUUGCUUUCGAAACAUCAAAGACAAGCGAGACUAUCAUGCUCACCGCAACAAAGCAUCCUGGCUUUACCUUUCACGUAUUUCUGCAACUAAAGAAUUUGCAUACAUGAAAGCUUUGUAUGAUCGUGAAUUCCCUGUACCGAAGCCAAUCGAUUUUAACAGACAUUGUGUUGUUAUGGAGCUUGUAACUGGGGGACCAAUGACACAUGUAACUGCAGUAGAAGAUGUUGAAGGCCUAUAUGAUGAACUGAUGUCUUUGAUCGUACGAUUGGGUAACUGUGGAGUCAUACAUGGAGACUUCAAUGAAUUCAAUAUAAUGAUAGACAAGGACGGACAUCCAAUCAUUAUCGACUUCCCACAAAUGGUGUCUACUAUGCACCCCAAUGCAGAACUGUACUUUGAUCGUGACGUGAAGUGCGUCCGAGAAUUUUUCAAGAGACGCUUCGGCUACGAGAGCAGCCUGUACCCGCGCUUCAGCGACCUGCAGCGGGACGACCGCCUCGACCACGAGGUGGCGUGCUCCGGCUACCGCCGCUCGCACCACGACGAGGACGCGCUGCUGCAGGAAAUGGGUAUUGGUCUUCAAAUAAGUGACGAUGAAGCGAGUAGCGCCGAAGAGGAGAAUCAUGAACCAGAACAGACUUCUAAAUAUUCUGAAAAUGAAAUCAUUACACUCAGACUUGAGGUUGAAGCUUCAAUACAACGAGAUGAAAACCCCUCUUUGCAUAAUGUUAUAAACAACACUCAAAGUUUAUCUAUAGAUGAUAACAUUGACACAGAAGAAAUACCCACAUUAGUGCCAGCAGAAAAAACAACUGCCGAUGAUAAAAAAAGCGCAGAACAUGAAGACAAAACUACUCAGAAAUACAGACUGGCUAUGAUCGAGAAAGCUCUAUCGGAUGUGAGAUCAACUAGAUCUUACACGUCAGCAAGUACAAUAGCCCCAGAAAUAGUAAAACAACAAGUUAAGAAGAACCUAGACGCGAGAGAGAAGAGGACGGAAAGAAAGAAGGCGAUAGCGAAGGGAGAAGCAAGUGCUGUGACGAGGCAGAGGAGAGAUAACAAAGAGACAAUAAGAGAGAGUCACGGCCUGUGGGGGUGGGCGGAGUGAUUGAUCAACCACCAUUUUAACUCAAAAAUAUGUAAACAUGGACUAAAGUAGUUACAUACAAAUGAAAACUGAAAUUGUUUGUAUAUUAAACGAUAUUUGUAUGCGGAGUAAAUAUAUAUUUUAAAGA